AUCGCAUCUGCAGGGUAAAGUAUUGCACAAACGUAGCCAUAGCAGCCGUAACAUCUGCUGCCCAGCUCCCCCCUACCCUGCGCAGAGAUAAAGCAGUGCUUUAUUCCGUUUUAGACCCAUAUUCAGGUUUUUACAUGCCCUCUUUUAUUUUUUACUUUUUAAAAUUAAGCCUACGUUUUAGUUCUUGUUUUUAAUUCGGGUUGAAAGGCGAAGCAUAGACAAAUAUACUCAGGGAUAUAUAACUGUUUUACUUGCUAUAAAGUUACAGAAGUUUUUAUUUUCCAGAUACGGACCUUCAAGGAAUUUAUUAUAAAGUUUCCAAAAAAGUAUAUUGUCUUUACGCGGAUACGGAGUGGAUAUGGCUUGGAUCAGAUGGGACCUAUUAUUUUCUAUAGGUUUAUUCAUUUCACCGGCAUUUGUGUCCACGGAUCAGAGUGGCUUUAGGAGAUACUACGUGUUGCAGCCAGGACCGAGCGGGACGGACAGAGUACAUGUGAGUUCCAUCUCUUCGCGCUCCGGUGCCACGGGACAGCCCCAUGCCUACAAUGUGGAGCUCUCGGCCAGUUACAGUGGCCAGGUCCGAACCCGCAGGAUGGGUAACCAAGCGAACCCGACCCCGCUUCGCCAGGACACACAGUUUACGCAGCAUCAGCAAGUCAUUCGGCGCACCAGCCACAACGUUCAACAGAGUCACCAAAUGAAAAUGUCAGGGGUGAAUGUCUGUGGAGGGCAGUGCUGUCAUGGAUGGAGCAAGGCCUCUGGAUCGCAGCGGUGCACAAAGCCCAACUGUCUGCCCCAGUGCCAGAAUGGAGGAAUGUGUCUGAGGCCCCAGCUCUGUGUCUGCAAGCUGGGCUCCAAGGGCAAGGCAUGUGAACAGAACACCAUGCCCACCUCCUCCUACCCAGCGCAGCCAGGGAACGGCCACACCAAUGGACACAGCAAUGGGCACAGCAAUGGGCACACCAAUGGACACACCAAUGGACACAGCAAUGGGCACAGCAAUGGGCACACCAAUGGACACACCAAUGGACACAGCAAUGGGCACACCAAGGGACACAACGUAGUUCCCCAGCGGCCCAUUCCCCAGCAAGUGCCCAUCCUCCAGCAGGGUUAUAUCCCUGCGCCAGUCCCUGUCAGCAACAUGGCCCAGAUGACCCUGACUGUCAAGCAAUCCCCCCACCUGGUCCGGCCCCAGCAAAUCCAGCCUGGUAGCCAGCAGUUUGUCCGGAAGCACAAGUACUACCACACACAAACCACACACACCCAGACACAUGUCCAGCAUCAGCCUGACAGACCCAUUCCCCUGACAGUGGGACACAACCCCAUCCACGUGGGGAACCACACUGGACGGAUCAAGGUGGUCUUCACUCCCACCAUCUGCAAAGUGACCUGCACAGGGGGGCGGUGCCAGAACAACUGUGAGCUGGGCAACACCACCACCAUCGUCAGUGAGAACGGCCAUGCCGCGGACACCCUCACUGCCCCCAACUUCAGAGUAGUGGUAUGCCAUCUUCCCUGCAUGAAUGGUGGAAAGUGCAGUGCCAGGGACAAGUGUCAGUGCCCGCCUACCUUCACAGGGAAGUUCUGCCAGAUGCCUGUUCAGAACGGGAAUGGGCAGCAGCGCCAGAAUGGACAGCAGCAGACGUCCCAGAUUCACUCCACCCACACUCUGCCUCUCACCUUCAGCAAUGGACAGAACCCUGUGAAAUAUGCCCCCAGCAUCGUGAACAUCCACGUGAAGCAUCCUCCAGAGGCCUCGGUGCAGAUCCACCAGGUCUCCCAGCUGGAUGCCAAUGGGCAGAAGGUGAAAGGCAAUGGGCAGAAUGGUCGCUCCCAGACCCAGUCCCACUACACCUACCACCACUCAGAGAGCAGCCAGAAGAUCCAGCAGCAGGGACACAACAUCAUCUACCCCAACCAGCAGAGCUACGUACCCCAGUACCAGCCUGUCUCCAACAGCCAGCUGGGACGCUGCUUCCAAGAGACCACUGGCACACAGUGUGGCAAGGCCCUCCCUGGUCUCAGCAAGCAGGAGGAAUGCUGUCAGAGCAUCGGAACAUCCUGGGGGUUCCACAAAUGCCAGAAGUGCCCGAAACCAUCUAUUCCUCUGACAGCAGGAGGAUCCAGACAGGCGAUGGACUGCCCCCAGGGAUACAAGCGCAUCAACAAUUCCCACUGCCAAGAUCUUAAUGAGUGCCAGCUGCAGGGCGUGUGUCCCAACGGAGACUGUCUGAACACCAUGGGUAGCUACAGGUGCAGCUGUAAGGCCGGCUUCAUCCCUGACCCCACCCUCUCCACCUGUAUCCCUGACACCCCUGCCAUCCACGAGGAGAAAGGGGCUUGUUUCCGAUUGGUCAGUUCGGGGAAGCAGUGUUUGCACCCGGUGCCUGCUCAGCUGAGCAAACAGCUGUGCUGCUGCAGUGUGGGCAAGGCCUGGGGCCCGCGCUGCGACAAGUGCCCCCUGCCAGCAACAGCUAAAUUCAAGGAGAUAUGCCCUGGUGGGAUGGGCUACACUGUCACGGGCUCUUACAAGCCCAAACCACCCAAUCAACUACCCAAACUUCCCAGCCAACCUGAGACCAUCAACAAGCCAAUGAUCACCCACCAAGAGCCUGUGGCCCCGCCUCUGCCCUUCCCGACACCCGAGAAACCAGUGGAGGCCUUGAGUGUCACUGAGAGACAGCUUCCCUCUAUUCCAGUUGCCACAGAUGCACCUGAGCAGGAGCUGGUUAUUCUGGAGGCUACUAGUAGUAGGCCAGUAGUUGAGGUCGAGGCUGGCCAGCCACAACUCUCUCCCGGUGUCUCUACCAUGAGGAUGGAGCCGGCCUACCCAGAUUUAAACGAGUGUCUGAACUCCCACGCUUGUCCUGAGGAUGGCUUUUGUGUCAACAGUGUGGGUUCCUUCAUCUGUCGGCACUGUGACAGCGGCUACAGGAUGAGCCCAACAGGCCAGUGUGAAGAUAUAGAUGAGUGUCUGGACAUGGGUGUGUGUCCAUCCGGCAUGUGCGUCAACUUGCUGGGCUCUUAUGAGUGUGAUUCGUGUCCAGAGGGCUUCCAGGGCCAGGGAGGACAGUGUGUCGAUGUAGAUGAAUGCCUGCACCAGUCAACUUGUGCCAAUGGGAAGUGCUCCAACUUUGAGGGAUAUUUUGUCUGCUCGUGUAACGGUGGAUUCACGCUCAGCCUAGAUGGACAAUCAUGUGAAGAUGUGGAUGAGUGCCAGGAUGAGCAGGUGUGUACCAGGGGGCACUGCCAGAACACUGUGGGUUCUUACCUGUGUAACUGUGGGCCCGGCUUCAGGGCCUCCCCGGCAGGGGACCAGUGUGACGAUGUGGAUGAGUGCCAGGAGCUGACCAUGCCCUGUGACAGUGUGGGCCACUGUGUCAACAACAUGGGCUCCUACCACUGCAGCUGCCCCCAGGGCUACCAGCAGAUCAACGGCACCAGCUGCCUAGAUGUUGACGAGUGUCUGGACGACCCGGAGCUGUGUUCCCCACACGGGGAGUGUCUCAACGCUGAGGGCUCCUUCUACUGUGUCUGUGAGAGAGGCUUCGCUGCAAGCCAGGACACACACACCUGUGAAGACGUGGAUGAGUGCUCGGAUGACGCCAGGUGUGUUGGCGGCUCCUGUGAGAACAGCCAGGGUUCCUACAGAUGCCAGUGUGACACUGGCUACCGCCUGCAGCCAGACACCGACACAUGCCUGGAUAUCGAUGAGUGUGCAGAGUUGGGCCAGAGUAUCUGUGGCGCGUGGCUCUGUGAGAACACAGAGGGCUCCUAUAGGUGUGUGGUGGACUGCCCCCCCGGACACGACCGUGGCCCAGAAGGCAUCUGUGUUGAUAUUGACGAGUGCAACGUCAACGCCACGGUGUGUGGUAACCACGGCUUCUGUGAGAACACGGUCGGUUCCUUCCGCUGCCUGUGUGACCGGGGCUACCAGGAGUCCCAGGAGGGCCUCGGCUGUGUGGAUGUGAACGAGUGUGAUUUGCUGAGCGGUGUGUGUGGCGAGGCCCUGUGUGAGAACGUGGAGGGCUCGUUCCUGUGUAUGUGCCCCGACGAGGACCAGGAGUACAACCAGAUGACCGCCAAGUGCAGUCCCGCUCCCACAGCCUCGUCAGUAGAGAGGAAGGAGUGCUACUACAACCUCAACGAUGAGAACCUGUGUGAGAACGUGCUGACCAGCAGUGUCACCAUGGAGGAGUGCUGCUGUACACUGGGAGCAGGCUGGGGGGACAACUGUGAGGUGCACCCCUGCCCCGUCCAUGGCACUGAUCAGUUUUCCCAGAUGUGUCCAGCUGGGAGAGGCAGUGUCCCCACUGGUGACGCUGUGUUUGGAGUGACCGCAGCCGAGAGCUAUAAAGAUGCAGAUGAAUGUGCGUUGUUUGGCCAGGAGAUCUGUAAGGAUGGCUUCUGCCUCAACAGCGCAGGAAGCUACGAGUGUUACUGUAAGACCGGCCUGUACUACGACGAGGUCAAGCUGCAGUGCAGAGACAUUGAUGAGUGUCACGAUGAGUCUAGCUGUGUGGGGGGAGAGUGUUUAAACACACAGGGCUCCUACAUGUGUUUCUGUACACGCCCCAUGGUGUUGGACUCUGACAACAAGCGCUGCGUGAUCGCCCCUGAAGUGGCUGAGCAACACUCCGUGCAGACUGACUACCAGGGUAUUUGCUGGCAGACGGUAACGGGCGCCCGGAGGACUUGCACCAAGCCCCUAGCCAACAGAAAGACCACCUUCACAGAGUGCUGCUGUCUGUUUGGAGAGGCCUGGGGCAUGGACUGUGCCCUUUGCCCCCUGAAGAACACAGAGGACUAUGCCUCCAUGUGUAACGUGCCAAUGAGUGAAGGACAGGGGCGUCCGUAUGGUCGCGACGCCCUUGUGGCUGAGCCCAUCCAGGAGUAUGAGGUCAGCCUGGACUAUGAACCUAGCCCCGACCAGCCUGGUGCCCUGCCCCUGUACGAGGACGAGGAGAACCCGUACGGUGCGUUUGAGGGCCUGAGAGCGGAAGAGUGUGGCAUUCUGAACGGCUGUGAGAACGGGCGCUGCGUGCGGGUACAGGAGGGCUACACCUGCGACUGCUUCGACGGAUACACCCUGGAUAUGUCCCGCAUGGCGUGUGUGGAUGUGAAUGAAUGUUCCGAGCUCAACAACCGGAUGUCCCUCUGCAAGAACGCCAAAUGUAUCAACACGGAAGGAUCCUACAAGUGUGUGUGCCUGCCGGGAUACACCCCCUCUGAGCAGCCUAACUACUGCGUGGCCAGGGAACAAGGGGCAGCAGCAGCAGCGCACACAGAGAGGGAAUGAGCCCCCAUGGCCAGUAGAGGGACACCCAACACACUAAAAACACACUUAUUUAAUCCAAGCCCAUAUACUCUGCACUGUAUAAAAAUACACUAAACAAAACAACAAAAUCAUUUACUUGAGAUGAAGAUCCAAUUUAACCAACUAUGUGGUGCCUUGUGACGGAGAAACACAACAUUGUAUAAAAUGUAUGUUUGUUUUUUGUAAGUUUAACUUUUUAUAUUAGGAGUUUAUGCGCACUAGAGGAGCUUUCGCUCUCCUAACGCAACGACAAGCCCUAUGAACUCUUACUGGGGGACAACGUUUUAUUUUCUACCCAGUCCAAAACGCCUUGUGUGUGGAUAUUUAAUUCAGUGAAGAGGCCAGCCGUCCCUUUGCUCUCCCCGUUCUCCCUCUUCCUCACAGUCCUCCUCCCCGUACGGUGGCCGUGGAGGACUGCCUGCCUGGUCAUGAAUGGACAGCCAUAAGAUCUUUGCUCCGUGGCUUCACACAAACAUACAGUAUGCACACUACUGUAAUAUAAUUUUCUUCAUGUAAAUUCUUUGGAAUAAGCUUUUUUUCUAGGCAUUUUUUUUGUAUUAAUGAUAAGUGCAAACACAAAACUACUUCUCUGUGUCUUGGACAUUGGACAAUAGCAGGUUUUUAUUUCUUAUUUUAUUUUGUUUCUUGCCUGCCCUGUGGAGCAGUCAUAUUCCCUAACAUUUAGUUUUUUUUCUUGAGAUAUUGUUUUAUUUCUUUGAACAAAAAUUCUAUGACAUUUUGCUUGGAUUUUUUUCAUACUUUAAUGAAACCUUUUUCUGCAUUUUACUGCAAUGUCUAAAAGUCUUGCCAGGUUGCAAAGCUGCUAUGGGACAGCCGUGGGAGAAAUUUUGUACAUUUAAACAGAAGAGUUGAGAAACCAGUUUAUGUAUUUGUAAUUUGUACAUGAAAAAUAGCUCUUGUAUGAAUAUUCAUAUUAUGAUGUAUAUUAAACCCCUGGUAAUAAAUCACAAAUGGUGAUAUUUAUA